UCUGCCCAAGUAUAAGUGCGAGCUAAAUGAAAAAGAUCUAAAGCGCUGGGAGCAGGUACAUGUACAUCUGCAGUUUGUGGCAAUGGAUCAGUUCUCUCACGAUUUGACGUUAGCCCUGGAGGAGACGUCGCUCAUGGACAGGGCAUGUGGCGUUGGAAGGUGGGGCUCGCGUCGUAGAACUCGAUCGACGGGUAAUUUGCCUUGUGCACCCCAGCCAACGGAGGACUCAUCCAGCAGUCCAACUGACAAUCUCACUGCACACGGGCAUGUAUUGCCACACGCAACAGCAAAUAUAGAUGGCUUGGAUAAUGUCAAGAUGCCGGCAAGCGACUCUGACGAAAAAGCAGAGGGCAUGUUGCCCUUACGAUUGCCUUAUAGCACCCUGAACGCUGCAGUUCGCAUGAGCGCUCUCGAGUCGGACUCUCUUAACGAGACUAAUUUUAGUCCCGCUCGGUUUUACAAGCCAAGUUCGCGUCGCAAGCGAAAAAUCAAACGCAUGUCCAUGGAAUUCGAGUUCAACAAAGACAGUAAUUUUGUUGUUCCGCCGCACGGUUUUAUAGAUUCACCGCUACAGCCAGGAAUGCUGGGCGCUGGGAUCAGCACGACAGGAACUGGAAUAAUUUCGGUCACAGGUACUGUUCGAAAACGCGUGUUAAAACCUGAGUCUGGGAAUCGUUCAAAUUUAUUUUUCUGCGGCAAACGUAAGCGAUCCAAUCGUGACCGCUAUCAUGACCAUGAGCACACAACGUCAACCAAAUUGCAUUCGUCCAGUAUGCCGCGUUACUCUUAUAUGGAUGAGCACCAUCGCAUGCGGCCCCGCAGCUAUUCGUCCACUUCAAAACCACAUAGCGAGCGAUUACUGCCACUUAACAAAGGCCUUCUCUCAAAAAUAAAUCGCAUCGCACAACAACAAAAGACUGACCAAUCGCCUUCCAAUGUCAAAGAGCUGCCAAACCCAAAUGCAAUUAACACGGAUGAAGGUAACGAGGGUGUUGAUGAUAUUGCUGCUCCCAGUUCGGUCGGCGUGAAUGUAUCCGUGGUCAGUGCAUUAAGCUCUGAGACAAUUGUGCCUGUCAGCCAGUCAGAGAUUGACGCGCUGCUUAACAUGCCCGCCAAAAUACAACAGCAGCAACAGUUGCCUGUGGAAGCAGAUUAUCAUGCACACAGAAAAAAAGGCCACGGUAGUGCCUCGAAGGCAAACCGCAGGCGCCGCUUUUGUCAAUCACAAUAUAGUUCAGUGGGACUUCAGUCACUUCACUCGCAAUCUAUGGAUUGCAGUGAGCUGUACGACUUCCUUAGCUCCAGCUCACUCAGCUCGUCAUCAGAGAGUGAAGAUAGCCAUCAACGACACGACACUGACCGCGAAGGCGACGAUGAGUUGACAGACUGGCCUGGCAAUGAGUUCGGUCCUGGCGGCAAAUACGAUCCCAAGCGUAAGCUUACGAAGAAAUCACUGUUGCCGCAGAUACGCUCCGAUGAUACAAUAGGUGAGGACGAUACGUUGAUGUCUGGCACGGAGACUUCAAUGGCAUCGGCCGCGGCCGCGCUAAGUUCGCCUGUCAGUGUAGAUGUGGGUGCUUCACAAUCGCCUGUUUGCGAACCACAUUCGGACAUGUCACGCUUUCACCCAGCCAUCUCCGAACCCAUUGAAAUAUGCGGGGGUGCCAAUCGCAAUAAGCUCUCGAUGGACUACAUCAGCAGUGUUAGCGACCUAGUCGACUUGAAAGUUUGCUUUGAUAUGAAGAAUGAUAUUGACAGCAUUCCACCGCUGAAACAACUCGAAAGCGAAAUGUCUGGUGAAACGUCUAAUCCAUUCCUAUCGUCGUCGCCUGGGCAGGCCUCGGAAGUGCGCGAAAUAAGGGCGGGCUGUCGGCGGAUAAAUGGCGAUCGGCCGGGAUUUAGCAUCAAACUUAGUGUCAAUGAGCGUCUCGCUCGCUUUCUACAGGAUCCACGUCAGACCCAAAUUCGGCUGCCAGAUAUAGAAAUUUAUCAGCGUGACAGCCUCUUCAACUUGGCAACACUUUAUUCGCUGACGAUGGUCGUGGAACAUGGCUGCACGGUGCUGACUAAAACGAGGAACACAACUCAGUCUGUCAAUAUUGAUCAGCAUCGUGGCUUGCAGAGGCGUCAGGAUCUCUUCAGCGAUUUCAAAAGGCGCUGCUAUGGGGACACCGAAGGUACCAGUCUUCUUCAACCCAAAUGAAAUUUGUAUUUUGACAUGUUGAAAUGCCCUGGGGAACCCCUUUUGUACCUAAUCACUAAUACGACAAACAAUGCAGGUAAUUUGCAGAGCUGAAUUCAUUCCAACGCCACUCAAGAUGGUAUUAUCCACAUAUUGUCGGUAUCGAAAGAAAAGAAGUAACUUUACCUGUACUUAUAGCUUCAAAACUGAUUUGUUUUAAUCGAAUUUUAAGUGAUAGUUCGCGAGUUCGAGUGUGAAUAUUUGUUGUAAAGCCAGGAAGUGUUUCAAAAUAAAUAAUAUUAAGCAAUAUUAGUUAUGCAAUCAUCAAGGUAUUAGUAAAGGUUAAUUACGUAAAGGGUAUUAACCUAAAACUUACGAGACAUUUUAGGGCAUUCAUAUGGAUUCCCAUGUGUAGACAAGUGGAUAGAAUUUUGUCAUAAAAGUCUAGUGCAGAAAACUUUAUCUUUAAAUGCUUUGUUAUUGCUUUCGAAGCCUAUGUGUUCCAUACACUGAGCAUACAGGUAUAUAACAUUUUUUGGAAAGUUAGACCGAUCCGCUAAUUAAGGAAAUUGCACUCGUGAAAAUGUUUCAAUUCUAAUAAACCAACUGGCUGCGAUAAGCUGAUACCAUAGAAAUGUUUUAAAGUGUUCUUUUUUUUUAUCCAUUUCAAAAUUUUAUCAGAAAAUGAAGACGUAGCCUAUAUAAAUAAAUGAAAAUAAUGGCCAAUAGUACCAAACACAUUUGGAUUUAAACUAUGAAGUUAAAUAAGCAAUAUUUAAAUAUAUCCUUCACUUCUUCCCAUGUAUCUAAACAUAGAUAUAGACGUUUUUCCAUAUACUUUACAAACACCAAAAUUAUUCUUAGCUGAUAG